CCCAAGCAUGACCGCUAUAUAAAUAGGUGAAACUUGGGAAAUUAGAGAGUUACUUUUGUGUCAUCUCGUUGAAGCGAAUGCUCGUCGUACCUUUUAUGAUUCUUAGCCAAGGAUUAUCCGCGAACUCGAUACUUUCUUUGUAUUUUCUGUAGCUUGAGAAGAAACCGUCUUAAAUAUUCGCAUUUUAACUUAUCGCGGCAAUGACGCACGUCCUAAUUCUCUUCAUCAUCCUCGGUGUUUAUUGUGCACUGGCGGAGAAAAGUGAAUUCCCGAUGACAACUGAACAUUCGAAGAAACACUCUGUGGAGACGGAGGAUAAACUUCUGGAAAAUAUCACUCGCGCGAAAAACUCGUCGCAGCAUAUCCUAGACAAUAACAGAGAGGAGGAAAGGAACACGGACAAGAAACCGAGAACCGUCUUACAUCGCGACUCGAGUCUCGACAGAGGUUCCAGCUGCUGCGGCCGCAGAUACAGUACCAGCGAACCUGCAAGAUCGGAUUAUAAUUACAACAAGGUUCCUUUGGAGAUCGGACAUUAUCCUUCUCAAUAUAACGAGCGAAAUCCUGUUGACAGAUUCGGAUGGCAGACGCAAAGUCGGCCCUCAGGUUCCGCCGGAAGUGGCGGUAGACCCGGAGGAGGAGAAGGCGGAAGCGGAACCUACGCGGGAAGUCAGUCGGGAGACAGGUACCCAUCGCGUCCAGUGUACGGAAGUGAAAGUGCUAAUAGACCCAGCGCUUUGGGAUACGGAAAUGCUGGAGGAUACAGUUAUGGCGUUAGCAGUCACGGAGGCUACGGGGGCAGGCCGUCUGGAUAUGGAGGUUCGAACGGCGGUUAUGGGAUUUCGGGAACAUUGGCCGACGGUGACGAAUUCGGUCCUGGCGACUCGGCUUAUCCGGACGGAAGUGUGCCACAGCAUCCCGGAAAUCUUCACGCGCAAAAGGCCGUAGCGUUAAAAGCUCUAGCUGGUGUUGCAUUGAUCGGAGCAGCAGCGGCGUUAGCUUCAAAUCCGGUUCUCCUACCAAUUGGCAUCGUAGGUGGAAGGAAAAAGAGAUCGGAGGCUUUCUCGGAGGAGAUGCAAUACGACCAUCAGCCCGACGAUCAAAUGGAUUACAUCUUGAACAUGUUGAGGAGAAACUUGUACAAGAUACAAAAGGACAGCUCGACAAACAGAUUGAUCGUCUCCCCGAGAUGCGUCGCCAGGUUGACAUGCGAAAUCCAGAAGGACUAUCUGUCCGAAAUCGACAAGGACGUUGAAUUCUUGAACACUCAGAAUCGAAAAUAUCAUCUUACUAAUUUAAUACGAAACAACGUACUCAAUGCCGCUUCCGUGAACUCAAACGUGAAGGAUUUAAUUAAAAUGGCAAUCGAUGUCGCAACUGAAAACAGAAAUUGCAAAACGUUUGCUUGUAGUUAUAUAAGGAAAGGUUGAAUGAUUUUUUUUAUUUCAACCAUAUAACCACACUUAUCCAAUAAAAAAAA